AUGGCGAUAGAUCCGUUGGAGCAGGUGGUGCAACUCAUUGACGAAAUCGAUGCAUUCGAACUUGCAUUUCGUGAAAAGGGGGAAAAGCAGGAAAAAAUAACAAAUGAUGAGAUUGACAAGUUCAAAGCGAAUGUUAUCAGUCGGCCAUUGCACGUGAAACACCAAGAACAAUUACGAGAAGAACGCAACGCUCGACAUAUUGCUCCUUAUUGA